UUUAUUUUUCUGAUUACAAGUGGAUAAGACUCCACAUUCAAUGUAAAAGAACGUCUGCCACUCUCUCUCCUUCUCUCUCUACAAUUGCGGCAGAAGAGGAGGGACAUGUGCCGUCAUUUUCCUAAAGUCAAUUGGUCCAAAAUCUAAGAACUGCUUACAGCAGCAAGGUUGAUUGGAAGUGGCCAACAGGAUUUUGGUAGGGUGGAAGACAUGGCAGCGUUUGAUAAGCAGGGGUCUGAUUCGGAUACUGAGACCAAAGAUCAAGGCAUAACAAGUAUGAGCAAUAAAGUAUGGGAUGAAGCAUCACUGGUCAAGGAAAAACCCCAACAUGAAAAGAACCUACCAUUUCCAAUCUCAAGUUCUUCAGAUUCUCAUGCUCAGCCCAUCUGCCUUGCCUGCUUGAGUGGAGAAAGUUGCCAAACAGUUCGUUCAAAAACAAAAAUCAUGAAUGUUUUGAUAGAAAGAAGGAAAGCACACGAAGUCCAAUCCAUUUUCGACAGCUUAGUGGAAGAAGGGCACAAGCCGUCUCUGGUCACAUACACGACUCUAUUAUCUUCCUUGACAACCCAAAAGCGCUUUGAGUCUGUUCCUUCCCUUAUUUCACAGGUAGAGGAUAAUGGGAUGAAGCCCGACUCCAUAUUCUUCAAUGCCAUCAUCAACGCCUUCUCCGAGGCUGGGAAUGCAGAGGAAGCAAUGAAAACCUUUUGGAAGAUGAAGGAGAGUGGGUGUAGACCGACAACCAGCACUUUCAACACUCUACUGAAAGGAUAUGGGAACGCGGGUAAACCUGAAGAGUCACUCAAACUACUGGAUUUGAUGUGUCGUGAGGAAAAUGUAAAACCCAAUCACAAGACUUACAAUAUUCUUAUCCGAGCCUGGUGUAAUAAGAAGAAUCUCACAGAAGCAUGGAAUGUAGUUUAUAAGAUGGUAGCUUCUGGGAUACAUCCAGAUGUUGUCUCGUACAACACAUUGGCUAGAGCUUAUUCACAGAAUGGAGAAACAAGUAGAGCGGAGGAGCUGAUACUAGAGAUGCAGAAUAUGAAAAUGCGGCCCAAUGAGCGCACUUGCGGCAUUAUCGUCAGUGGAUACUGUAAGGAGGGUAAUAUGAAAGAUGCCUUGUCUUUCGUUUAUAGGAUGAAAGAACUUGGGGUGAAGCCGAAUUUGGUCAUUUUCAAUUCUCUGAUAAAAGGAUUUCUUGACAUUAUGGAUGCAAAUGCGGUUGACGAGGUUCUAACAUUGAUGGAAGAAUAUGGGAUCAAACCGGACGUGAUCACAUUCAGCACCAUAAUGAAUGCAUGGAGCACAGCCGGACUCUUGGUGAGAUGCAGGGAGAUCUUUGAUGACAUGGUGGAGGCAGGCAUAGAGCCCGAUACCCAGGCAUACAGCAUUCUCGCCAAAGGGUACGUGCGUGCACGAGAACCCGAGAAAGCUCAGGCCCUUUUGAUGACCAUGGAUGAACUGGGUGUGCAACCCAAUGUCGUGAUCUUCACAACCAUAAUCAGUGGUUGGUGCAGUGCUGCCAAGAUGGAAAAUGCAAUGAAGGUUUACAACAUGAUGUGCCAAUGCGGUGUAUCUCCUAAUCUAAAGACCUUUGAGACGCUGAUAUGGGGAUACGGAGAAGCGAAACAGCCAUGGAAAGCUGAAAAGAUGAUUCAGAUGAUGGAAGCUGCAGGGGUCCCACCUGAGAAGAACUGUAUCCAGCUUGUUGCAGAUGCAUGGCGGGCUGUUGGGUUGGCAAAUGAGGCUGGUAGAGUUUUGGAUACCAGAGAUGAUCAACAGACAUCCACUCUGCUAGAUGCCAAAGAAGAGACUCCAACGGAGAGCUUCGAAGGCUUUUAUCAAAAGCCGACUCUAAACGCUUCAUAUUCCAAUCUAUUGCAGAUAUCUGGUGUUUUGAGUGAUCAAAACGGGUCAGCCAACAUGAUGAAGAGAAGCAGAAGGGUGUGGAGAGAUACGGACCUCUCAUCGGAGAGCUUGUCAGCUGCUACGAAAUCCAUGUUCCACAUGCACAAUUCCAAAAUCGGUCAGAAACCACCGAUCAUCUGCCGUAAGCAGUCCCAAUUGCAGCUUGGGAUACACGGGCAGAUUGUAAAUUCAUGUAGGGUGGUCUUCCUGAACUGAGGCAACCGGCAGCAGCCUGACUGCUAUCUUGAUUUGGGCUUAUACUUUUGAAGAAUUUAGUGGGCCCCACACCAUUUUGGGUUGUAGAGCUUUACGCAGUAUGGUUUUUUGGGAGAAGCCCGGCUGUCCGAUGUAACAAGCUUCUGUUCAUGAAGGUGGUAGUGCAAAGCGCUAUCUGAAUAUUGCAGACUCCAACAUAUGGGCUUGCUCCUUGUGCAGGUCGGUUUAUAAUAUGUCAUCAUUCCCUUUUGUUAAAAAUGCAUUGUAUAAAACAACAGAAGAUUCCUCUCAUUUCUUCAUGAAAACUCUACUGAAAUUCCUCAAGCUUAUGAUACUGUUCAAAUCCCAUUCAAUUGGAAAUAGAAAAGUUUCUCUUGCUUAGUCUUUUAA